UAAAGUAGACAUCAGGCUACUACUAUAGCGACGGUGAUUCUCGGUUCCCUAUCUCGAUCGUACAAAGGAGAAGAAGAAGAAGGGAACUGUAGCUGGAAAUGGCUUCGCCGCUCUGCCGUGUCGCCUUUCUCGCCCUCCUCGUUCAUUUUGCUGGAUCGGAUGAAACAACUGACCAGCUUCUUAAAGGCAUCAACACCUACAGAACAUCUCUCAAACUAUCUUCUUUAACAGAGAAUCAAAAUGCUGAUUGUUUGGCCGAACAAAUUGCCAAACAAUUCAAAGGUCAGCCCUGCACCAACACUACUGGAGCCAACACUAUCCCCGGUACUGAGGAGCAGUUUUCAAACUAUCCAGACUUUCUCGACCAUUGUCAUCUCAAUGCAACAGUAACUCAGGAUUCUUCAAUAAUGCCUGCAUGUGUUCCUGACCUCCAAUCAGACCUCGUCCUCUCUAACUAUACAAAAUCACAGUACUCUGGUAGUCUAAAUGACAGCAAGUUUGUCGGCGCCGGGCUUGCUGAUGAAGGUGACUGGGUUGUUGUGGUUCUAAGCACAAAUACUCCGACCGGUAGUUUUUCACCGGCAACUGCUUCUGGCUCUAGCUCUAUUACUGCAGGUGUUGUUUCCUUCUAUUUGAUGGUUUUGCUUUUGGAAUUUUUGCUUAUGAUGAAAUGAUGAAACAGUUUGCAUUUUCUUAUCUAUAAUCCAGCUAGUUCAUAUGA